CUUUCUCCAAAAUCUGAUCAACAUUUCACUCAUUCUUUCUUUGAGAAAAGUCUCAAGGUGUUGAAGUAUUUUGGGUUUUAUUAAUUUGUUGAAUUAGUACUUGUGCAGCAAAAAUGGAAAGGUCAGUGAAUUAUGGGGGUACUGAUGAUCUAAUUCUCGAGGCAACUGAGCUGAGAUUAGGAUUGCCCGGGAGUGAUGGGCAUGAGAAACAAUCAUCUGCUACUGCAAGUCAUGUGAUGAGGAAUAACAAGAGAGCUUCACCACAAGGAAUAAGCGAGGAGCCAAGGUUUAAGAUCGGCAUUUCAAACGAGUCUGAUAUUGCUAGCAAUGGUGACCCAGAUUGUGAGCCUCCAGCCAAGGCACAAGUAGUGGGGUGGCCACCAAUUCGUUCUUACAGGAGAAACAGUUUCCAACAAAUGAAGAGUACUGAUCAGGAUGAUGCAGGUGCGGGGAUGUACGUGAAAGUAAGCAUGGAUGGAGCUCCAUAUCUAAGGAAGGUUGAUCUCAAGUUUUACAAGAGCUACCCAGAUCUCCUCAACGCUUUGGAAAACAUGUUCAAGUUCGCCGUGGGUGAGUAUUCAGAAAGGGAAGGGUACAAUGGAUCUGACUUUGCUCCGACUUAUGAAGACAAAGAUGGUGACUGGAUGCUGGUUGGAGAUGUUCCAUGGGAUAUGUUCGUUUCCUCCUGCAACAGGCUGAGAAUCAUGAAAGGAUCAGAAGCUAGAGGUUUGGGUUGUCUGUGAAAACCUGCAAAAGAACAACUACACAGAAAACAAAUGUCAUGGCAACAACUUUGACAUGGAAUCUUUAAGCAUGGGUUCUGCAACAAGACACAUAAUUUGUCAGAUACCAUAUAAAUUUUCUUUUUUUUUUUUUUUUUUUUUUUCAAAUACUUGAUGUUGAUUUCAGCCUCUGGGUUUUAGCCUAUUAUUGUUA